CCAUUGGGGAGUGAGAGGCGAGAGACAGGGGGGUAGGAGCGGGAGUGGCAGACAGACGGAAAGAGACAGAGAGCAAGAGGGAGACCCAGAGAGUGAGAGAGUGAUACAGACCGAGAGGACCUGUUGAUUGGAGCAUUCUAGAAAGCCUUCUGGACCUCAAGUCGAAAUACAGAAACCACCCAAAAUGGCAUCGCAGAACUCAGCUCAUGGCAGCGUCUUCUCUAACCAGAUGGGAUUUAAUGCACUGGAAUCCAACGUUCCCGGGCUGGGAGGGGUCCUCCUGGACCAGCUCAACAUGAAAGACUAUGGAGAGUACAGGGAAGCUGUUGAGGGGAAGUCCAAAAUAAUCUCCUUCAAGAACUACAAGGAGAUGUUCCAGAAGAUGGAGGAGACCUUUAAGUUCUGCACCAGAUGCAGCAAACUGCCCCACAACCUGUCUGGAGCAGAGACCCUCAAACGCUGUGGGAAGUGUCUGAAUGUGUACUACUGCAGCAAGCCGUGUCAGAUGGCGGACUGGCCUGACCACAAGAAGGCCUGCAAGAGGCUUCGCCUGGUGGCUAUCGACCGCCUGGUGGAGUGGUUGAUGUUCACUGGAGACCUCCCCGUCCCCACGGAGCCGCAGUGGAGCCGGCCGGCGGCCGAGGUGGGGAGCUGGGAGGCCUGGCUGGCCCUGCAGGGGGGCUUCGACGCGGCCCUGGACGGCGUCCUCAUCUCCCCCAACAUGGACACCCUGUGGAGCAACGUGGAGCGGCCGCGGCCCGAAGCCGCCGACCUGCGAGAUGCGGUGUGGCGCGUCCAGAGCGAGUUCCUCUCCCGGGUGCUGACCGUGGUGGCCGCCCUGCAGCGCUUCGGCCUGGACCCCCGCGACAAGCCCCUGACCAUCCACCUGGCGGGGGCCUCUCUGAACGAGUCCAUGGGGGCCCGUCUGACGGACUACGACGAGUUGAACCGCGCCUUCCCCGGACACCAGGGGGUGGAGGUGGUGCUGGUGGGGCCGGAGCUGGUGGACGGCCCCGUCAUCAGGCCCCCCCUCAAGGCGAUCGGCCCCGAGGAGAGGGUCUACAUCAGCGCCUACAAGGGCCUCUACCACAACUUCUGGGAGGAGCUGGUGGAGACGGAGAAGGCGGCCAGACCGGACCUGGUGGUCGGCUUCCACCCCGGUUUCCAUGCCAACCCUGGUCUUCUAGAGGGCUGGAUGCCCACUCUGCUGCUCCUGAGCGAUUACAACAUCCCUACUUUCUUCAGCCUGUUCAGCGAUGCAGAGCUCCAGGCUUCGCUCGGUAUCCUCCAUGACAUGGAGAUCAAGGUCCUGGCCAGCGGACCCAGCCCCUUCAGCUCCCACAAGCCUGAGAUGGUCCAGUCCUGUCCCAACAAGCCCCUGGUCUACUGCAACUCCAGAUUCCUCUGCUACCAGGGCAUGCUGGGGUCUGCCACCAGCUAGCAGAACAUCAGGACCUGAAUCUACUGCAGCUCCUGCUUCCUCUGCUACCAGGGCAUGCUGCUCUUCCUCUGCUACCAGGGCCUGCUGGGGUCUUCCUCUGCUACCAGGGCCUGCUGGGGUCUUCCUCUGCUACCAGGGCCCACAGCUAGCAGAAAAUCGCAGCAUCAGGGUCAGAAGCUUUGCUGCUGUCCUCUAGAACAGAAGCACCCGACCAGGCAUACGGUUGUGUACGAGAAAAAGUUCCUAUUUACAAUAUAAUUGGCAUUAUUUAGGAUUUGCUUAAUUGUUUAUUCAUAUAUAUGUAUAUAUAUAUAUAUAUAUAUAUAUAUAUAUAUAUAUAUAUAUAUAUAUUCUUUUUAUUUUAUUUUUGGAGAAAGAAAACAUUUGUGUGUCUGAUUAGAGCGAGCCUGAAUCCAUGAUUAUCUUUUGACACCCUUUUGUGGAAAUUACUAAUACCAUUAAUAAUGUGUGUGACGUUUUUCAUAAUUAUUCCUUACAACUUUGAGUUGGUGUGCCUUGAAUGUGUGGCUGGGAUAAUAACGGGCCAGCCCUGAGAUGGUUGUGAAGCAAUGAUGUAGAGCCAGGGCUCCGGAGCCGAUUGGGCUGCUACGAACCAUUGGUUUAAUGUCAUUGCUUGGGUUGGUUUUAAUGUGGUCAUCAUGAUUCUGCAGGACAUUAAGGACUCUCUCAUCCCACGGUCACCCUUCUGCAGUUUGGGGCCACAUGUUAUCCCUCAUACUUCUUGGUACUACUGCUCUGAAAGUAUUCAGUCUAAUCUGUGCUCUCUGAAAGUGUUUUCUAAUUCAAUUCAAAACCAAUUAUUGGCCCUGCAUAAGUUUGUUAUUAUCGGCCCUUGAUGUUUAUAUGAGUCUGUAUAUCUUUAUCUUUUUUUUUCUAUUUAAGUACUAAAAUGGCCAUUUAAAACCUAUAUUCAAAGGGUAGGCCAUUAUGAGAUUAUACUCGGGCUGUAAUAAAUCGUAACUACCAAAA